GGCGGCGGCGGCGGCGGCGGCGGCGGGCGCGGGGCCCGCGGGCGGCGCGUGGAUGGAUCCGCGCGUGGCCUGGAUCCAGCCGGAGCAGAAGGGACCGGCCAAUGCGCUGUGGAUGCAGAUCUGGGAGACGUCGCAGGGCGUGGGCCGCGGCGCCUCGGGCUUCGCGUCCUACUUCUGCCUCAACUCGCCGGCGCUGGACCCCGCGGCCGCGGCGGCGCGGGGGGCGGCCGGGCGGGGCGCGGGCGGCGGGGCCGGCGGGGGCCCCGGGGGGCCCGGGGCGCCCGGGGGGCCCGGCCCCGCGCCGCCCGCGCCGCCCGCGCCCGCGCCCGGCCCCGCCGCGCUGCCCCCCGCGCUGCUGACGGCGCUCGGGCCCGACGGCGCGCGGCGCCUGCACAAGUCGCCGUCGCUGUCGUCGUCGUCGUCGUCGUCGUCGUCGUCCAACGCCGAGUCGGGCACCGAGAGCCCCGGCUGCUCGUCGUCGUCCAGCGGCGCGUCGCUGGGCCGGCCGGCCGCCGCCUGCUUCCACUUCGGGCCGGCCGCGCCCGCCGCGUCCCCGCCGCAGCCCCGCGCGCCCCCGGGCCGGCGGAAGCGCGAGAACAAGGCCAGCACCUACGGCCUCAACUACCUGCUGUCCGGCAGCCGCGCGGCCGCGCUCAGCGGAGGGGGCGGCCCCGGGCCGCAGGCGCCCCGGCCGGGCACGCCGUGGAAGGGCCGCGCCUACAGCGCCGGCAUCCAGGGGCUGCACGAGGAGAUCAUCGACUUCUAUCACUUCAUGUCCCCCUGCCCCGAGGAGGCAGCCAUGAGGCGGGACGUGGUGAAGCGCAUCGAGACGGUGGUCAAGGACCUGUGGCCCACGGCCGACGUGCAGAUCUUCGGCAGCUUCAGCACAGGCCUCUACCUGCCCACGAGUGACAUCGACCUGGUGGUCUUCGGGAAGUGGGAACGGCCCCCGCUGCAGCAGCUGGAGCAGGCCCUGCGGAAGCACAGCGUGGCCGAGCCGGGCUCCAUCAAGGUGCUGGACAAGGCCACGGUCCCGAUAAUCAAACUCACUGACCAGGAGACUGAGGUCAAGGUGGACAUCAGCUUUAACAUGGAGACGGGCGUCCGGGCAGCCGAGUUCAUCAAGAAUUACAUGAAGAAAUACUCGCUGCUACCGUACCUGAUUUUAGUGUUGAAGCAGUUCCUGCUGCAGAGGGACCUGAACGAAGUGUUUACCGGCGGGAUCAGCUCGUAUAGCCUGAUUUUAAUGGCCAUCAGCUUCCUGCAGCUGCACCCAAGGAUCGACGCCCGCAGGGCCGACGAGAACCUGGGCAUGCUGCUGGUGGAGUUCUUCGAGCUGUACGGGAGGAACUUCAACUACCUGAAGACCGGGAUCCGCAUCAAGGAGGGGGGCGCCUACAUCGCCAAGGAGGACCUCAUGAAGGCCAUGACGAGUGGCCACCGGCCCUCCAUGCUGUGUAUCGAGGACCCGCUGCUGCCCGGGAACGACGUGGGCCGCAGCUCGUACGGGGCCAUGCAGGUGAAGCAGGUGUUCGACUACGCCUACAUUGUGCUGAGCCACGCCGUGUCGCCGCUCGCCAGGUCCUAUCCCAACAGAGACUCGGAGAGCACCCUCGGGAGGAUCAUCAAGGUGACGCAGGAGGUGAUCGACUACCGGCAGUGGAUCAAGGAGAAGUGGGGGAGCAGGGUCCAUGCAGGGCCUGACCUGGACACCAGGAUCAAGAUCAAAGAGCGAGGGAGCCCCUGCCACUCCGACAAGACGCAGGGCCGGGAGCCCGAGUCCCCCUCGGGCCCGCGGCUCACCCUGUCCUUGCCUGGCCACCAGCUGUUGUCCUCCGGCUCCUCCGCGUCUUCCGUGUCCUCGCUCUCGGGCAGUGACAUCGACUCGGACACGCCAGCCUGCACCACGCCCAGUGUUUACCAGUUCAGCCUGCAGGCCUCGGCACCCCUGCUGGCCAGCCUCCCCGCCGCCCUGCCCAUCCCCAGUGCCAAGGCCCCGCCCUCAGCCUCCAGGACGCUAGUCGUGACGACCAGCUCUCAGACCAGGUUCACGGUCCCCCCGCCCGCGCUGGGGGUGGCCUCGGUGCCCUGCAGACAAGUGGCCGUGGAAGGCACGCCCGCCCUGAAGGCCGUGCACCACAUGCCCUCCCCGGCGCUGGCGGCCGCACCGGCACCCGCCCCACUCACCAGCCCUCACCUCUACCACAAGCAGCACAGCGGCAUGAAGCUGGCCAUGAAGGGGUCCCACGGCCAUGGCCACGGCCAGGGGGGCAGCUACAGCGCCGUGGGCAGCGGGGCCGUGCGGCCCCCCGUCGGGAACCGGGGACACCACCAGUACAACCGCACGGGCUGGAGGAGGAAAAAGCACACGCACACGCGGGACAGCCUGCCGGUCAGCCUCAGCAGAUAGUGACCCCGGGCGCCGCCCCCUCCCCAACGCGCGGACGGGGCCGGGGCGCCCACGGGACCCACCAGCGCCGCCCGCGGCCACCACCUGCGAGCUCCGCGCCUGGACGCCGGGCGGGUGUGGACGCUGCUGCAGGGGCCCGGAGGGCCGCCGUGGGACUGGUCACUCUGUAUAUACGGAAAACUUAUGAUUUGUGCAAUAACUCAGAUAUUUCUUAUUUAAUUUCAUAUUUUCACAUAAGUUAUAUUUAAGGGAGGGAGGGAUUUUUUUAAAACGCGCUUCGAGCCUUUCCCGAGUCGCAUUUUCUAAGUUGGGUUCAUCGUGCGGCCUCCCGCCUCCCCGCGGCCGCGGGGGCGCCUCCUGUCCCGGGCUGGGGGCGGGGAGGCCGGGGCGCCGGGGGCGGCUGUCCCCAGCCUCCGCGGCCCGCCAGGCAGCUCGCGCCGGCCAUGGAGUUUUAAAGUUUGGGGUUUUGGUUCUUUUAAACUCGGCAACAAAUCCAGCAUCUGAAGUGCCAGAAGUGAGCUUGGUGGGGCGAGAGCUCGGCGGGCGCCCGCUUGGGGAGCGUGGAAAGGGGUUAUGUUGAUUCCGUGCGGGAUCUGUCGCAGUAUGCCUUCGUUCUGUUAAGAGCAACCUAGGAGGACUGUCGGGCGGUGGGGGCCUGGGCCCUGACCCGCCCUUGUCCAGGGGGUCCACCGGUGGGGAGCGUGAGAGAAGCCUGUGCCGCCGUCUCUCGGGACGCGCCAGCAUGGGGCAGCACGUUUUCUGCAGUUCCCAAUGAACGAGUUAGCCAAAAUAUUUAAAAGCUAUUUAAAUUGUGACCCUAUUGAUCAAUAUUUAUAAACUGAUAGAUAGGCGUAUACUAAUCUCUCCACAGUAGCAAUAUUGACUCCCCACCUGGGCCGGGCCAGGGCCGUGCUCCGCUCCGUGCCCCCGCCAGGAGCCGGACGAACUGGCCCGGCCGCCCCGCGGCCCGCCCGCAGGUGUACCACAGAGAUCAUGUGCCGGUCCGUCC